CAAGUGUUGUGUACCUACUCGCCAAAAUCAGAAGGUGGUUUCUUUGAGAACGACAUUAUUAUUUGCAAGACACCUUACCUACCUACCUACCCUAACUACCUCGAAUAUCCUACCUACCUUGGAGAGGGGGUCACAUGAGUGCACGUGACAGGGUCUGACACAGAUUCAAUAACAACAUCGAGGCAGUCUAUCAAAGGUCAUCCAGCCAUCACUAUGCCUAAGCAGGAAUCGACACCAGGAAACCGUCAAGAUUCCAAAGAUUUGCAAGCUCAUCGUGAAGCAUUGGAAAUACUCCAUGAAAUAUGCGCGCUUUUGGAUGUUCCCCUUGAUCACAGGACAUUGGCAAUUUGCACGACGUUGAUUGAAAAUGGGGUCAAUCCCGAAGCUUUGGCUGUAUGUAUCGGGCUCCAAUGUUUUAUUGAGAAACACAGUAGCUGACGCGUGAUUGACGCGCGUAGACUGCAGUCAAGCUUUUGAUAGCUGAACAGCAAGAGAAUAAGACAGAGCUUGAAGGAUGCGGCUUGAAGUGAUUGCGAACUGGUCGUGCGUGUACUUUCGCUCUCGCCAAGACGUUUGCUCUGAGGACAUGU